AUGCAUUCCAAUGAAACUUUGUUAAUGUCAUACGAUUUUUUCAAUGAUUCAGUGAUAAAUAACUGGUCAACACUCGUCUUUAAUAUAACAUCAUCAUAUGAAAACACAAUAUUUCGUCAUCCAAUACUUUAUGUGAUAGCUAUUUAUGCUGCAAGUUUAGUUGUCAUUGGUACAAUAGGUAAUCUUUUAACAAUAUUUGUCCUAAUUCGUCCUAAAUUACGAUGUCAAACUACUAUGCGUUAUUUGACGGCAGCAGCUGUUGCCGAUUUAUGUACACUUUAUAGUUGGAAUUUAAAUUUAUUUUAUAAACAUAUGAUUAAUUCAUAUCAAAAUGAUAUUGAAGAUUUAUCUUUAUCAAAAUGUCGUCUAAUAUCAUUUUUAGCUUUUACAUCAUUACAAUUAUCAUCAUGGUAUUUAAUGUUAGUUAGUUUUGAUCGUGCAAUGAAUAUUUGUUUUUUAUUUUGGAAAAAAGAUCUUGGAAAACCUCAUAAUUCAAUGUAUAUUAUUCUUAUUAUUACUAUUGGUAUAAUUUUAUUAAAUUCACAUCUAUUAUUUAUUAAUGGAUUUGCUGAAAGAAAUUGUUCACCCUAUGGUAAACAAACAUGUAUAAAAUGUUAUAAACGAUUAACAGAUUAUCGAUAUGUUUUUCCAAAAUGGGAAAAAGUUCAUUUAAUUGUAUAUAAUUUAAUUCCAUUUACGGUUAUGAGUAUAUGUAAUAUAUUUAUUAUUUAUCAAACAUUAAUUGUAACAAAACGACAAACAACAAGUUCUCGUAAUAGAAGUACAAAACAUCGUAUUAGAAAACAACGACAAUUAACAACAACAUUAAUUUUAAUUACAUUUCUAUUUAUUAUUUUAACUAUACCAGCCAUGAUUUAUCAUGUAUUUUUAAGACAUUUAUUUGAAAAGAAAAAACCAUUAAAAUAUAUUCUUCAAGGUAUACUUUUAUGUAUUCAAUUUACAAGUCAUGCCAUUAAUUUUUUUGUCUACUGUUUUACGGCAUCUAAUUUUCGUAAAGAAAUGGUUACAUUAUUUUGUUUACAUCGAAAUGAACAACGACAACAACAGUUGCAGCAACAUCACGAACUUAGAGAUGAAUAA